UUCCCCUGUCUGUCUCCCUCUCGUCUCGUCGCAUCGCACUCGGCCACUCGCACUCGCACGGUCCGGGCACCCGCACCGCAACAAAAAACGUGCCCCCGCCUUGCGUUGCCUUCUCGAACUCUCCCCCCGUCCCCGUCGCGGAUCGCCAUGGCCGCCGGCCUCGCCUUCCCCGUCCCCGCCGCCUCCUCUCCACUCGCCCGCGUCUCCUCACCUGCCCACACCGCGCACCGCAUCUGCUGCGCGAUCCCGUCGUCGUCCUCGCCCCGCACCGUCAAAUACCCGCCGCUCCGUGCGGCUACCGUCCUCUCCGGGAACAGACGGGGCACGGGCCGUGGCGCGUCCGUAGUGUGCGCCGUCCAAGGCCAGGACGCGAACGCGACCAUCCAAGUCCCAGAUGUGACAAAGUCAACAUGGCAAUCACUUGUGAUUGAGAGCGAGCUUCCUGUCCUUGUUGAGUUCUGGGCUUCAUGGUGCGGGCCAUGCAAAAUGAUAGAUCCAGUUGUUGGCAAGCUCUCAAAGGACUACGAGGGAAAGCUGAGAUGCUACAAGCUCAACACAGAUGAGAACCCAGACAUAGCAAGCCAGUACGGGGUCCGGAGCAUCCCCACCCUGAUGAUACUCAAGAAUGGCGAGAAAAAGGAGUCGGUCAUUGGGGCUGUGCCUGAGAGCACACUGGUCACAUGCAUCGAGAAAUUUGUUGAGAGGUAAAAUGCGCAGUGGAUCUCUUUCUCUUGAGCACAGUUUCCUUUCAAUCAAAAGGAACCACUUGAGCCAUACGGAGAACAGUUCUAUAAUAACUGCCUGUAGAUAAUGGGAUUAUAUAUAUGUUCGAUUAUUGUUUGAGGAAAGCGGCAUGAACACCCCAGCCUGGUUUUAUUCUCUUACUAUUCUUUAGAGCUCUGAAAUGUGUAACGUGGACGUCAGAGAACCUCGUUCGAUUCUCGUUAAUAUAAGAAUACACACAUCAUUGCUUAUGGCCA